AUGAGCCAGGGCCAGGAAAGUCACCAGGCAGCAAGCUAUAGCCAGUUCGCCUGCAUCGGGUGUGGCUUUUCGGCCGUCGCCCUGGGCGCCACGCUCAAACGAUGGUAUGGUAUUACAGAUAUCUGCUUUUUCGAGCGUCAGGGAAACGUCGGAGGGGUGUGGUUCGCGAAUAAGUAUCCCGGUUGCGCCAGCGACGUGCCCAGCGCCCUUUACUGCCUUUCUUUCUCUCCAAACUCGCAUUGGUCGAAUUUUCUUGCUCCGCACGAUGAGUUAUGCCAGUACAUAUCAAGGGUAGCUGAUGAGUACGGUCUCCUUCAGAAAAUGAGGUUCAACGCCGCUGUCGAACGGUGCGAGUGGAUCGAGGAGAAGCGGCGUUGGCGAAUGCAAAUAUGCGACGGUGAAACAGGCGACAUACUCAUCCACGAGAGUCAUUUCCUCUUCAGCGCAGCCGGCCAGCUGGUCUACCCCCGCGAGCCUGAUCUUCCUGGCAUAGAGUCCUUCCGCGGGCCCGUAUUUCACGCGUCGCGCUGGAGGCACGAUAUCGACCUGUGUAACAAAAAUGUUGUCCUCGUGGGAAACGGCUGCACGGCCACCCAAAUUGUGCCCGCCAUCAGGGAUCAGGCAAGGCGGGUAACUCAGUUUAUGCGCUCUAAGCACUGGAUCCUUCCCGGAUUUAAAAUGUCGGCACGGGUUACCUCGCUGGUCCAGUUCCUCUGCAGAUAUGUACCCGGCUUCUUUUACCUCUUCCGAUUCCUCGCCUUCUUGGCCACGGAGAAUGAUAUGCGAGCCAUCUACAUGACCCUGGCCGCGGCCGCCUUUCGCCGGAGCACGUCCUCGUUGGCGAAGUGUUAUAUCAAGUCUGCAGCGCCGGCCGAGUACCACGAUUUGCUGGUGCCGGACUUUGAGCUGGGCUGCAAGCGAACAAUCCUCGACGAUACCGGCUACAUGGAGAGCCUGCAUGCCGACAACGUCGAGUUAACGGACGACCCCAUUCUUGAGGUACUGCCACAUGGUGUACGCUCCAGAAACGGUUUCACCAAGGCCGAUGUGAUAGUCCUGGCGACUGGGUUCGAAACGAAUCAGUUCCUGACAGGCAUCAAUGUCAUCGGCCGGCACGGCAAGACUGUAACUGAGCACUGGGAGGCUUUUGGCGGCCCUGGCGCAUACAACACGACGUGUUUGAACGGGUUCCCCAAUUUUUUCAUGAUCCUUGGUCCAAAUACAGGGUCUGGAGCCACUUCAGCUCUCUUGGCCUCGGAGAACACAAUAAAUUACUCCCUGCGCAUCAUCAAGCCAAUCAUCGACGGGGAUGCUAUAACAGUCGACGUGAAUCGCGGUGCUGAAGAGCUUUACAUCCACCAAAUACAGGAGGAUUUGCAAAGAACGGUGUGGUCAGCGGGGUGCAGCAGCUGGUACAAUAGGGGAAGCAAGGCGCGAAACGCCAUGAACUACCCGUUUUCGCAGCUACACUUCUGGUAUCGGUGCCUAUUUCCGGUUUACGCCGAUUUUACGUACGAGGUGAGUUUCCAGACCCUGGGCCCUUGCGAUACCUUUGUUGUUGGUUGA